AUGUGUAAAGCUGGUUUUGCCGGUGAUGAUGCACCCCGCGCAGUAUUCCCGUCAAUUGUUGGUCGUCCACGUCAUCAGGGUGUCAUGGUUGGUAUGGGACAAAAAGAUUCGUACGUCGGCGACGAAGCUCAAUCAAAACGUGGAAUCCUCACAUUAAAAUAUCCAAUUGAACAUGGCAUCGUUACAAACUGGGAUGACAUGGAAAAAAUAUGGCAUCACACAUUUUACAACGAAUUGAGAGUGGCACCUGAAGAACAUCCCGUUUUAUUAACUGAAGCACCAUUGAAUCCAAAAGCAAAUCGUGAAAAAAUGACUCAAAUUAUGUUUGAAACGUUUAACACUCCAGCUAUGUAUGUUGCAAUCCAAGCUGUCUUGUCACUCUAUGCUAGCGGUCGUACAACGGGUAUCGUCUUGGAUUCUGGAGAUGGUGUUACUCAUACCGUUCCAAUUUAUGAAGGUUAUGCAUUACCACAUGCUAUUCUUCGUUUGGACUUGGCUGGACGCGAUUUAACCGAUUAUUUGAUGAAAAUUUUGACGGAACGUGGUUACUCGUUUGUUACAACAGCUGAACGUGAAAUUGUUCGUGAUAUCAAAGAAAAAUUGUGUUACGUUGCAUUGGAUUUUGAACAAGAAAUGGCCACAGCUGCAUCGUCAUCAUCAUUAGAAAAGUCGUACGAAUUACCGGAUGGUCAAGUAAUCACAAUUGGAAAUGAACGUUUUCGAUGUCCAGAAGCUGUCUUUCAACCGUCGUUUCUUGGCAUGGAAACAGCUGGUAUUCAUGAAACAACAUACAAUUCCAUCAUGAAAUGCGAUAUUGAUAUACGAAAAGAUUUAUAUGCUAAUACAGUUUUAUCUGGCGGUACAACUAUGUAUCCAGGUAUUGCAGAUCGUAUGCAAAAAGAAAUCACAUCAUUAGCACCGUCAACAAUGAAAAUCAAAAUCAUCGCGCCACCUGAACGAAAAUAUUCAGUAUGGAUUGGUGGAAGUAUUUUGGCAUCUCUAUCAACAUUUCAACAAAUGUGGAUAUCAAAACAAGAAUAUGAUGAAAGUGGACCGUCCAUCGUACACCGAAAAUGUUUUUAA